AGGAGGGCGGAGGUUGAAGAUGAACAGUGCAAGGAAGAUCCACCACCGUCAGAUCUUCAUCCGAUGGUAAAAAAAAUUCGGGUGUGGUAUAGACAUCCCCGUUUGUAAAGUUCUUCACUGGUGCAGGCGAUCCAAACGCGCCCAGACCUUCCAUUCAGCUGUACAAAGGAGAACCUGAUGGUGUUAUCCCAGUUCUAGCUGUCAGAGUCAACUCAUGCGGUUGGAGGUGAGCGCGCUCAGCGUGAGCUCGUUCGUCGGUGCCACGGGCACUGGCCGCGGCGCCUGGCGCGGCAGCUGUAGAGUUCAACGUCUUCCUGAUGAACGCGUUCCUCGCUGGCUGCAUUGGUCCGUCACGGCAGCGACGGCCGCCGUGAGGAUCGUCACAGACUGGAGGAAGCCGAUGUCGUGUUUCGAUCUCGGGAGGGGAACCAAGCGUGCGUUCCGCAAGAAGGACGGCAAAGUCUCACCUCAAAGUCAAGUCAAUGUCGCAAGUCAAUACGCGCCAUGGAAAUUCAGUGCAAGCGUGGAACAUGGCCAUCGAGUAUCAAUGGAGGCGACCAGACGAUGAUGCUGCUAGCAUAGCACAGCCAGCAGCCUUACGGAGAGGACGAGAAGACGAACCGAGACAGCAGCUUCCUCCCUGGCGCCAUCUCCUCCUCCUCCCGCCGUCGUCUCCCAGUUCAGAUUUAGGAGGAGCGCACGCCCGCGGCCGGGGCCGGGAGCGUGAGGGCGCGGCGCUGCGGCUUCGUGGUGUGGCUGCACGGCCUGGGCGACUGCGGCAGCGCCAACGAGUUCAUCGCCGAGCACUUCUCCGCCGCCGCCUUCCGCUACACCCGCUGGGCCUUCCCCAACGCGCCCACCGCCCCCGUCACAUGCAACCGCGGCGCGCUCAUGCCCUCGUGGUUCGACAUCCACGACGCGCCCAUCACUUCGGCAAGACAAAUCUGUUCCUCGCGUCACAUUCUUCUUGCAUUCAGUUCCUGAUUGUUCUCCCCUGGCCAUAUGGAUCAUACAAAAUUCGAUUGCAUCCGUUUUGCCCCCUUGUUUCAUUGCUUGUUUGUAUGCAGAUGACUCGUUUGAUCGUCAGCUUUGGAUGCUCAUGGGUCUACCGUGCGUGUGUGCAGAAAUCCGUCAGAGAUGAGGAAGAUGUGCUGCGAGCUGUCCAGAUCGUGCACACCAUGAUCGACAGGGAAAUAGCUGCUGGAACAAACCCGGAAGACGUAUUCGUUUUUGGCCUGAGCCAAGGAGGUGCCUUGAGCAUAGCAAGCGUGCUGACGUACCCCAGGACUCUGGGCGGUUGCGCAGUCUUCAGUGGCUUCCUCCCCUUCGACUCUUCUUCCUUCGCAGCACGAGUAACAGACUACGCGAAGACGACACCCGUUUUGUGGAUCCAUGGGGAAGAUGAUUCGCUGAUCCCGAUCCAGGAAGGGCGAGACGGAGUGAAAUUCCUGCGGGGGCUCGGCAUGGCCUGCGAAUUCAAGGAGUACGACAGGCUCGGGCACACGCUGGCGCCGCACGAGCUGGACUACUGCGAGAGAUGGGCGUCGGAGAACAUCCUCAGCGAGCAUGGAGAAGAAGGCCUGAAUGUCAGGAACCAAAUCUCCUGAACAUUCAGAUUCUUCAGACUUCACGGCGAGUUGCAAGUCGGCUCUCUUCGUACCGUUUCACCGACUCCUCCAGCAUCGUUGAUCUACUAUCCUACGGCUUAUGGCCAGUUAUCGUUUCUCUUUCCAAUGUAACAGUGUAAUAAGACCCCGUGCUGGCCACGUGAAUGGACAUCGAAGAACAGAACUCAAACCCUAAGUUUAGGUUCGGUAGCUGUAGCCGCCGCCACUCUGACGGUGCUUGUAUCAGGUCCUCCAUCGAUUCUGGUUCUGAUCCAUUAAUACAGUUACUGUUCCUAGAUGAA